UCUGAAGAAAGUGUGAUAAUAUUAAUUAGUUUUAUCUAAUUUAAUCUAUAUUUAAAUAAUAUUGUUGUUGAAGUUAAGCACUCACAAUUAUUUAUUUAGCAGUUCAAAACUUGGUCACUAUGUACAAGACAGAUUCAAAUGAUUUGAAAUCAAAAAAUAACACUGUUACAACUCAAAAGAAUAAUGAAAAUACAUACAAAAUAUCAACAGCAGUGUUGGUUACUAAACCUUUACAUAACAAAUCUGAUGAUCAGUCCUGUUCAAAUAGUAUUUUAAGACUAGAAGAAAAUAGUGUAUUGUACAAACAUAAAUAUACUUUAAGAAAAAACUUUAGUACUGCAUCAAUAUUUAAUAAUGCCGCAGUCACAAAUAAAACACUUUCUUCAAACAAAAAUGAUGGUCAGAAGUAUAAAGAUCCUACUAAUGAUAUAACAUGCCAAGCAUAUUCUGAAAAGCAUUUAGAUUCAUACGAUAAAUAUGGCUCUAACAGAAUAUCAAACACAAUGAAAAUUAAACUUCGUGAUCUUUUAAGUAAACACAAAGAAGAAGGUAUAUUAAGUAAACAUUUUUGGAAGGUUUAUUACAAUGAGUAUAACAGUCACUUUAAUUUUUCUGAGUAUGGAUUUAGCAGCAUAAAAGAUAUGGCAUACAAGUUACCAUCUAUAUUUCAUGUAAAAUUAACUGAAGAUGGCAAUGAAUAUAUUCUAUUUGAAGCUCGUGUAAGGACUGAACUAGAAAAUAAUCUAAAUGGUUUAUAUGAUCCAUCAUUGUUUUAUACAAAUAUUCCGAAAACUAUAUUAAGCAAUCUUUCACAGUUUUUUGAUGAGAAUAGAACUGGUGUUAAACUUGACAAAAUUAUGACAUUAUAUCGUACAAAAUAUGGCCGAUCUUAUGAACCAUUAAAUUAUGGCUACUCUUCUGAAAAACAUAUGUUUGAAUCUUUAAGCAAAAUGGUAAAAAUAAAAAAUGAUGUGCUGUAUACAGUAGAUCCUUUUGCCUAUACAAAAUUAUCAAAAACAAUAAAUCCAAUUGACUUUUAUGAAAAUACUGCUCUUGCAUUACCAGGUAAUGAUUUUCUAUUGGAUUACUCAAGCCAAGAUAUCUGUAAUGGAAGAUUUAAAUAUUACAGGAUUAAAUUUAAUGAUUUGAAGUUAACAAAUGUCAUUGUUACUGAAAUCUAUAACCCAAGUUCAUUUUAUAUUCAAUUAGCAGAAGAAGUAGAUAUUCUGAAUAAUUUUAUGGACAAAUUGCAAGAGUUUUAUAAUGACAACGAAGAAAAGUAUAAGGUUUUACCAAAAUUGAUUCUUCCAGAAUUGGCAUGUAUUUCAUAUACUAAAGAUACCAACUUGUGGCAUAGGGCUAAAGUUUUAAAAAUAGUUGAUGAAAAAAAUGUGAAAUUGUUUUUUGUCGAUUAUGGAUCAAUUGAAAUAGUACCAAAAAUUAAUAUAAGACUUUUACAAUCAAAAUUUAGCGCAUAUUCUGCUCAGGCAGUACACUGUGGCUUAUAUGCAUGUAUGGACUACAAUUAUUCACGUGAAAUAAGUGAAUCCUUUGCUGAUAUGGUUGAGCAUCAAGUGCUUGAAGCACAGGUUCAUCCACCAAUUCCCGAAGAUGAUUCUGAAACAUUAUUAGUCUCAUUAUUUUUGGAUACCAAAUAUAAUAAUAAAAUAAAUAUUAAUGAAAGAAUUUCCAAAGUGGCGAGUCUUCAACGAUCGGCAAAAUAUAAAAAAUAAUUCAAAAGAUAAUAAAUAAAUUAAACGAAAGAAGAAAUUAAAUUGAUAAUGAAAAAAAAAAUUUAAUUAUUUUGUUAUUAUAAUUUUGCUGUACCAAUGUUUAUUUAUUGUGAUGUAUAAUUAUUAGCUAAAUAAAUUUGACGCCUGAAAAAAG